UAACGGAGCGUCACGUUCCGUCGAUGCAGCCCCAACCUACUCGAAAAAAAUUCAAAAUUGCGACUUCCACAACUACACUACUCGCGGAGUUAGCCACGUCAUAGAACCUCAGGACCGGGCGGUACAGGAGAAAGAGACCGAGACCCAGUUUGAUAUGAGAUUGAUAAAAUAUUCAUUUCAAAAAUAUUCAUAGUGCAAAAAAAAAAAAUUUUUGACCGAAAAUUGCCCUAUAGGAGGCGAGGUGGUUUCUGCAUGAACAAGUUGGUGCAUUCUAUACAUGUAAUUCAAACUAGAUAGCCAGGAACGUACUAAGAUUAUACUACUUAAGACCUAUGCUAUAGUAUUGGGCUUUGGUAUCUUCUUCCAGCUAGCUACUUAAAAAAUACUAAAGAAAUACAUGCCAAAAAGAUCAUCGACUGAGUGAGUGAACGAAGACAUUCGAAGAUCCUUUUGUAAUAGUAAGUAGCUGCAGCUGCUGCUGCCGCUCCACUGCCGAUCUACCGGAAACGACCGUCGAGCCUGGAGAGCUCCUACUCCGUCGCGAUGUAGGCGUGCGGAUUCGGGCGAAUCCGCACGCCUACAUCGCGACGGAGUAGGAGCUCUCCAGGCUCGACGGUCGUUUGCGGAAGGCCGGCUACCGGAGGACAGCAGCUGCUGCAGCUGCUACUAUAUCUAAAGGAUCUUCGACAGUUCUUCGAUCUCUCUCUCAGUCGAUGAUCUUUUUUCAAGGUUCUUUGAUAGUAUUUCUUAAUUAACUAGCUGGAAGAAGAUACAGAAGCCCAAUACUUUAGCAUAGAGAUAAAGUAGCUCAAUCUAAGUACGUUCCUGGCUAUUCUAAUUGAAAUACAUACACAAAAUGCACCAAUUUGAUCAUGCAAAAGGUACAUCAGCUAAUGCAGUGCAAUUUUCGGUCAAAAAUUUUUUUUUUUUGCACUAUGAAUAUUUUUGAAAUGAAUAUUUAUAUCAAUCUCAUAUUUGAAACUACCUACUUACACCGUUGCGCCCACUCAUAAAUUCGCGGUGAGGGCGGCAUCCAUCACCUCUAGUGCGCACAAGACUAGAGGCAACAGCAUCUUGCUCCCAGCUUUGUACUGGCAAAAGCUAGGCUGGCGUUCACGACCGACCUUUCGACGACAUCGCCUAGAACAGGCUUCGGCUGUCUCCUCCAUUUAGGACAUCCUCUCCCGCGGUGCACUACAGGUAAGAAAAAAUCAAACAAAAUGGCAGAGAGGCGAAAAAGUACGGAAAGCUGGAGAGGAUGGA